AUCUGCUCAGCUGUGCCCUGCAGUCUCUCCACUUCACAGACUUCUCAUCUCUAGGAACCAUGUCUACCAAAACCACCAUCAGGAGUCAAACCAGCCACCGAGGCUUCAGUGCCAACUCAGCCAGAGUCCCAGGGCUCAACCGCUCUGGCUUCAGCAGUGUGUCUGUGUGCCGCUCCCGAGGCAGUGGUGGCUCUGGGGCCAUGUGUGGAGGAGCUGGCUUUGGCAGCAGGAGUCUCUAUGGUGUGGGGAGCUCCAAGAGGAUCUCCAUCGGAGGGGGCAGCUGUGGCAUUGGGGGAGGCUAUGGUAGCCGAAUGGGAGGAGGCUUCGGCUUUGGAGCAGUCGGCAGUGGCUUUGGAUUUGGUGGUGGAGCUGGCUUUGGAGGUGGCUUUGGGGGCACUGGAUUCCCCGUGUGCCCCCCUGGAGGCAUCCAAGAAGUCACCAUCAACCAGAGCCUCCUCACUCCUCUGAACUUGCAAAUCGACCCCACCAUCCAGAGGGUGAGGACUGAGGAGCGUGAACAGAUCAAGACCCUCAACAACAAGUUUGCCUCCUUCAUCGACAAGGUUCGGUUCCUGGAGCAACAGAACAAGGUCCUGGACACCAAGUGGACCCUGCUGCAGGAGCAGGGCACCAAGACUGUGAGGCAGAACCUGGAGCCAUUGUUUGAGCAGUACAUCAGCAACCUCAGGAGGCAGCUGGACAGCAUCAUUGGGGAGAGGGGCCGCCUGGACUCAGAGCUGAGGAGCAUGCAGGAUACAGUGGAGGACUACAAGAACAAAUAUGAAGAUGAAAUCAACAAGCGCACAGCAGCAGAGAAUGAAUUUGUGACCCUGAAGAAGGAUGUAGAUGCUGCCUACAUGAAUAAGGUUGAACUGCAAGCCAAGACAGACAGUCUGACAGAUGAGAUCAACUUCCUGAGAGCUCUCUAUGAUGCAGAACUGUCUCAGAUGCAAACUCACAUCUCAGACACAUCUGUUGUCCUCUCCAUGGACAACAACCGUAGCCUGGAUCUGGAUAGCAUCAUUGCCGAGGUCAAGGCCCAAUAUGAGGAGAUUGCUCAGAGGAGCCGGGCUGAGGCUGAGUCUUGGUACCAGACAAAAUAUGAGGAGCUGAAGGUCACAGCUGGCAGACAUGGGGAUGACCUGCGCAACACCAAGCAGGAGAUCGCUGAGAUCAACCGCAUGAUCCAGAGGCUGAGAUCUGAGAUCGACCACGUCAAGAAGCAGUGUGCCACCCUGCAGGCUGCCAUUGCUGAGGCUGAACAGCGUGGGGAGAUGGCCCUCAAGGAUGCCAAGGGCAAGCUGGAAGGGCUGGAGGAUGCCCUGCAGAAGGCCAAACAGGACAUGGCCAGGCUGUUGAAGGAGUACCAGGAGCUCAUGAAUGUCAAGCUGGCCCUUGAUGUGGAGAUCGCCACCUACAGGAAGCUGCUGGAAGGAGAGGAGUGCAGGUUGAAUGGUGAAGGUGUUGGACCAGUCAACAUCUCUGUGGUGCAGUCCACCAUGUCCAGCGGCUAUGGCAGCGCAGGUGGUGCCAGCAGCAGCCUGGGCCUGGGAGGAGGCAGCAGCUACUCCUACAGCAGCAGCCUGGGCCUGGGAGGAGGCUUCAGUUCUGGCAGUGGCAGAGGCAUCAGCGGUGGCCUCAGCUCCUCUGGUGGCAGCUCGUCCACCAUCAAGUACACCACCACCUCCUCCAGCAGGAAGAGCUACAGGCACUGAAUUUCCUGCCACCAGAGCUGGUCCCUGACCC